AUUAUGUAUGUGGGUAUGCAGCGGAUUUGCAUUUGUGAGGUCUACCUGUCUCUAAAAAUAUACAGUCAGUCAUUGCUCGAUCUCGUUGUUUUAUUGAAGUGUUCCCUAUACUUUUACAUGGCGCAGCCGGUUAAAGUGAUAAAAAGUGCAUAAUUUAAAAAGCAGAAGACAAGAAAGUGAAGAUAGUAAGAAAAUUCGGAAAGAAAAAAACAAGAUGGAAUCGGUUCUUACUCCCCCUUUGCCGUUUAAGUUUGAGGAAAAUGUAACCAAUAUGGCGUUUGGCAGUUUGUGUGAAUCUUGGGAGAAGUGGAAGAAUGGUUUUCAAAUAUACGUUAAGGCAUGCGAACUUAAUAAGAAAACAGAAGAAAUACAAAUGAACAUUUUUUUACACGUCGUAGGGGAACAGUGCCGUGAGAUAAUAGAACAAAGUACGACGAAAUGUACAACAUUAGCGGCUUUAAUAGGUCAAGUCGAUAAUCAUUUUAAAGCGAAAAAAAAUGUAACGGUCGAGCGUCAUCGGUUUUUUACUCGUCAACAAGGUGAACACGAGUCCAUAGACCAAUACGUCUUUGAGUUGAGAAAGUUGGCUCAGUCGUGCGAGUUUGGUAACUUAAACGACGGAUUAAUAAAGGAUAGACUCGUAUGUGGAAUCGUGAGCGCAGCGAUUAGAGAGCGACUGUUACGCGAAGACGACCUAACGCUAAAUAAAGCGUUAGAAAUAUGUCGGGCUGCUAUAGUGUCGAAAAUGUAUUCGGAGGACAUUAAACGCGAGUGUACUAGUGAGACAAAAGGUAACGAAGUGUGUGCGGUAGCUAACAAAGAAGUGUACGAGUUGAAUCGGUCAGGUGCGAAAGUCGAAGCAAAAUCGAGUCGUGGUAUGAGUUCCGGACGAGGAUGGCGCGGGCGCGGAUGGGCGCAUGGCGCGGGGCGCAGUGGCGCGCCGGGCGCGGCAGGCCCGGCCGGCGCUCAGCACCGCGCGCCGUACGCAUAUCGCGGAGGGCGGUGCGGUCAGUGCGGCGGCGUGCACAAAAAGUACGAUUGUCCGGCGUAUGGCAGGAGCUGCAUGAAAUGUUCCAGACCAAAUCAUUUUGCCAGGAUGUGCAGGGUGUACAUGGUGGAAGAGUCUGAGGACCAGGAUAGUGAGGGCUCCAGAUAGAUGGGGUGACUGGAUCUAACAACACAUGUCAGUGCUCCACAGAGGAUGGAAACGCAUCCUACAUAUCUUAUAUGUACUAAAAUAAUCAAAAUAGAAUACCUAUACUAUGUUAUUAUUAUAAAUACAACAAAUUAUGCAUGAACGACAUUUUAGUCAUAUGUGAUAGUCUAUAACUUAUAACUAAAACUUAAUUACCAUGUAGUACACAAA